GCCGUGGGCAUUGGUGCCUCGUCCGUCCGUCCGUCUGCCUGCAGUUACAGAUGAUGGCCUCCGCCGCUACACUUCGCGUGCUGGCCGCACUGUUGGCCUGUGUGACCCUCAGCUCGGCAGCCACCCACCUGGAGCGGGUGGAUAUUGUGCCCGGCCACGAGAACCAGUGUUAUGUGAAGGAUCAGGAUAAAUUCUACGACUCCGGCUCAACAUGGACCGAGCCCGGCUGCAUCAGGGGAAUCUGCUCCGGAAAAGGAACGAUGAUUGAGCGCCAGAGUUGCGGCAAGGUCAGCUGCGGCCCGAACCUGAGGCUGGUGGAUGGUGACCCGGACGCGCCGUACCCCGACUGCUGCCCCUCCGGCUGUGUGCCCGUCACUCCGCCGGCCGCCGCCGCCGGCCUCUGAGGGCUGUGACCCUCCG